AUGGCAGCAACGGCAAGGCACACUCUGCUCCUGUGUGUCAACGACAUCAGAGCCACUGGUCUCUCGAAACCAGCGACUAACGUCAGUAAAACGGCCUCCCGCAAACACCUGGCAUUCCGCCAAUCACGGUUCAGACCAUGGAUUGUUUCGAGCCGGCAAGAUGUUCGAUACUUUACAUCUUCUAGGACAAGGUGGCGUGAAGCAGCAUCAUCACCUUCAGCAGACAACGAUGAACAGCCAGUUAUUGAUCGGACGAGGUCGAAGCUAUUCAAGGAUGCCGACGAGGCUGUAGCGGACAUCAGAUCCGGCUCGAUGAUCUUCAGUGCUGGGUUUGGACUCUGCGGCACGGCCGAAACUAUCAUAACCGCUAUGCACAAGCGCGGCGUUGAGUCGCUUAACAACCUCACGGCAGUGUCGAAUAACGCCGGUGCAGCAGGCGCCGGCGGGCUCUCGCCCCUGACGCAGUCGGGCCAAGUCACCCGGUGUAUCCUCUCGUAUCUGGGGAAUAACAAGAAGCUCGAACAGAAGUACCUGAAUGGCAACAUCGCCAUCGAAUUGUGUCCACAGGGAACGCUGGCGGAGCGGAUCCGUGCCGGCGGAAGUGGUAUUCCUGCAUUUUACACGCCAACUGGUGUCCACACAUUCAUUCAGACUGGCGAAAUCCCAACCAGGUUAGGACCUGCUGAUCCGGAGACGAAGAAAUCGAGCGUGCUGGAAGCGGGAAAGCCUCGAGAGACAAGGAUCUUCAAUGGCAGAACGUAUGUCAUGGAAACUGCGUUGACUGGCGAUGUGGCCAUCAUCCGCGCCUGGAAGGUCGACGAGGCUGGAAACUGUCAAUUCAGAUACACAACCAAAGCUUUCGGUCCCAUCAUGGCUAAGGCUGCCAGACUUACAAUUGUCGAAGCCGAGAAUAUCGUGCCUACUGGCUCCUUGGACCCCAACGACAUUCACCUCCCUGGCAUCUACGUUGACCGCAUCGUGCCCGCCACGGUGGAUAAGAAACUCGAAAUCAAAAAGACUCGCUCUGCCAGCGACGAGGAAGGCUACUCCUCAGACUCUUCAAUGUCCAGCAACAAGUCAAAAGCUCUUGCCCGGAGAGACCGCAUCGCCCGCCGUGCCGCAAAGGAACUCAAGCACGGCAUGUACGUUAACUUGGGGGUGGGGAUGCCCACACUGGCACCGUCAUUCCUACCGAGUGAUGUCAAAGUCUGGAUCCAAUCCGAGAACGGCAUUUUGGGAAUGGGACCUUACCCGACCGAGGACGAAGUCGACCCGGAUAUCAUCAACGCAGGCAAAGAAACGGUCACGCUUGUCCCCGGUGCAUCAACGUUCGACAGCUGCGAGAGCUUCGGCAUGAUCCGCGGCGGCCACGUCGACGUCUCCAUCUUGGGUGCCUUACAGGUCUCCGCGGCCGGCGACCUGGCCAACUACAUGAUCCCGGGCAAAGUGUUCAAGGGCAUGGGCGGUGCCAUGGACCUGGUCUCGAACCCGAACCAGACCAAGAUCGUCGUCACCACCGACCACGUCGACAAGUACGGCAAAUCCAAGAUCGUGGAGAACUGCUCCUUGCCCCUGACCGGCGCCAGGGUCGUCAGCACUAUCAUCACCGACCUCUGCGUCUUCCAAGUCGACCGCGUCAAGGGCACCUUGACCCUCACGGAGCUGGCGCCCGGUGUGUCCGUGGAAGACAUCAAGGCCAAGACGGAUGCGAAGUUCGCGGUUGCGGAUGAGGUCAAGUCGAUGGAAUGA